CCUCAUGACUCAACCACUACAUAUCCCGACACAGCCUUCUAAGACAGGACUCACUGGAAUUUCUCUCAUUGAGCGAUGCUCUUUAGGCUCCGAGCAGCAGGAGAAAUGAAGUCCUGGAGAUUUCUCUCCUCAGCAGUGCCUACUGCAAACAAAUAAGUUAUGAAGAAACAAGGAAGCAUCCUUCCCCUGUGCUGUCCAGAUGGAGAGAAGCAGGCGGCUGUGGCUGUAUGUGCUGACCUGUGCCCUGUCUCUGCUCAUCGGCCUGGAGACCUUGGCUGAGUCUUACCCAUCCAAACCUGACAGCCCCAGGCAGGACUCCCCACCAGAGGACCUGGCCAGAUACUACUCAGCUCUGAGGCACUACAUUAAUCUCAUCACCCGACAGAGAUAUGGAAAGCGAUCCAGCCCAGAGACCCUGAUCUCAGAUCUCUUGUUGAGAGAAAGCACAGAAAACCUUCCUAGAUCCAGGUUUGAGGAUCCUUCCAUGUGGUGAUGGGAAUUCCAGCUCAUCUUCAGUUUUUUCCUAUUCUCUCCCAUAUUCCAGGCUACAAAGCCUGGUUUACCUGGGUAUACCAACCUUGCCAAUGCAUGCAGCCCCCUUCCCCACAUCCCUUGAGUUUAUUUCCCACGAUUUUCUUGAAUAUAUGUUUAUUUAAAUAAAUUGCCAUGCAUUCAAAAUGUAACAGCAAAUGAAAAUUUUACUAUUGGAAGAGUAAGGAUUGUUGUAUUAUUAAAUGCUAUUAAAACCUCA